UAUAUGUAUUCGCUGCAAGUACAAUUGCCUCACAUGAAGUACACCGUCCCUGUUGUUUUGAUCACCAAACAGGGUACUCUAAAGUCAAGGUACACGUACCGUUUGUGAACAUGACUCUAGUCAGAGAGCACAUAGAACCUCUCAGCCCGAGCAUGAUAGGUGGCCUUCAAUGUGACUCCGAUCACGACAGCGUCGGAAAUGAUUUGACCGCCUCGAAUGACGAUUGUUCCUACAAGGCUCAGGGGAGUGGGGGUCGUCGCGGCUGACAAGCAUCCAAAUGUUGGAUUGGCAAAAAAGGAAGCGUGAUGGAACUUGAGAUCGUCCUAUCGCCCCAGAGGUCAUGCGACUGUCAGUCGGACGGCGUGGGAGGGCCUCACAUAGUAGUCCAGCGGAAAGGCCAGAACAGACCAGAAGAAAACAAAUGCACUCAGAGGCCGAAUGCAUGUUCUGUUGUAGUAUCCUUUUUGGGAAGAUGUAGAUCUCCGACAUGAGCUCGAA